CACAAGUAGAAGAGACAAGCAACGCGUUCAUCAUGGUCGCAGUCAAGAGGAAAGCAGGCGCCAGUGUUGGAACCGUCAAGAGUGAUGCAAAGAAGCCAAGGGCCACGAGUCAUGCAGCAGUUCAAGGCAGUGCAGCGCCAGAGCAGCAACAAGCUGCAGAUGACGACUCAGAGGAUGAUCUAGACAUGUCCUCGAGUGAGAGUGACGAGUCAGAGAGUGCAGAGGAGGACGAAGUGAUGGAAGAAGGUGCUGCGCAGGAAUCCUCCGCACGAGAGCCAAGCAAUGGCAGCACCGCGAAGGAAUCGCACGCCAAGCAAAAGCAAGAACUGCUAGCGCGCAAAGCGGCAAAGCCCCAUGCAGACAUCAUCUCUCGCGCAAAGGGACUCUGGUCUCAGCUGAACCGCAAGAAGGUGCCAAAACAAGAGCGUGAAAAGGUCAUCAAGCAGCUCUUUGACGUGAUUCAGGGAAAUGUCGUUGAGAUCAUCUUUAAGCACGAUGCAAACCGCGUUAUUCAAGCAGCGUUCAAGUAUGGCAGCACCGAGCAGCGUCUCAUUAUCCUUGGAGAGCUGAAGGGCAGGAUUGUCGAUCUGUCGAAGAGCACCUACUCCAAAUUCCUGGUCGUCAAGAUGCUGUUGUAUGGCAACGCUGAAGUGCGAGAGAAAAUUCUUGCAGAGAUUCACGGCAAUGUUCGCAAACUCAUCAAGCACAAAGAAGCAGCGUAUGUGGUAGAAGACGCUUUCCGAGACUACGCCACACCGGCACAGCAAGAAAUGCUGCUGUCCGAGUUGUACGGCGCCGAGUUUAGUGUCUUUGCAACGGCCAACCAAAAGCCAUUAGCCGAGAUCCUUGCAGCCUCACCAGAGAAGCGAGACCUCAUCAUGCGCAACUUGUGGGAGUCCAUCAGUGGCUCCAUCAAGAAGGGCUCGAUUGGAUUCACCUUUCUGCACAGAGCUCUGCUUGUCUACCUCCAAAAUUGUAGCGCAACAGAGAGGGUUGAGGCAAUUGAGACUGUCAGAGAGCUUUUGCCAGAGUUCGUGCAUACACUCGAUGGCGCCGAUGCUGCUGGCUUGGUGAUUGCUCAUGCUACAGCCAAGGACAGGAAGCUCAUUAUGAAGGCCCUCAAGCCGCACAUCGCGAGUGCUAUGCGUGAUGAGUUUGGAUGGCUCGCUGUAGUUGCGCUGUACAUGAGUGUCGACGAUACCGUUCUGCUCAAUAAAGCCAUGUCGCCGGAAAUCAAGGCAAAGCUGCUCACUUUGCUCGAAGACAGACACGCACGCAAAGUAUUCCUCUAUAUCCUUGGUGGAUGUCAAGCGCGGCAUUACAAUGCAAAAGAAAUGGCUUACUUUGCAACAAUACAAAAAGAGAAGGCCACAACGAGUAAGAAGGAGGACAGUGUCAGACGGCAGGAAGUGGCAGAAUCAGUUUCUCCCAUGCUUGUUGAAGCAUUGGCUGCGAACAUCGAAGACAUGUUGGCAGACCCAGCAGCCGCUCCUUUGAUUCUUGAAAUCAUGCUACAUGCGACUGAAGUACCAGAAGCACCCACAGACAAGCUUCUUGCCAUCUUGAAGCAAGCACCGCAACGCCCAGAUCUAAUCAAGGAGCAUACACCUAGGAUGCUCAAGGCACUCGUUCAGGGAGGCUUUUGGAACCCACAAACCAAGUCUGUUGAAGCGACACAAGUACAGCCCACUGAUGCAUUCGCGAAGCGGUUUGCGCCUCUCGUCGCUCAAGAGGCUGCUUUUUGGGCUUCUGGCGACGCUUCCUUUGCGGUAGUCGCACUGCUCGAAACACUUGGUGAGUCCACUGAGCUCGCAUCGCUUUCGCGAGCAUUGAAGGAUCAGCAGAGUGAGAUACAGGCGGCUGCGGAUGCAGGCAACAAGGGAUCCCGCAUCAUCCUGACAAAGCUGAAGUAGUAUAGCAGCUCAUUUCUAAACAUCACAAUUCCCCCCGUGAGUUCCAUCACGCAUUCAUCGGCUAUUCUCUAGGUAUUGAACCGCAUGCCCAUGCGACCACGUUGGCACGCAGCUGCAGAUGCGUGCACGGCACCAAUUGCGCUUCGGAGUCGCAAAUUAGACCUAGAAGAACAAACCCUUUCACGUUGCAUGAUCGUCAGUGCAAACGACUAUCACUGUGUGAAUGAGGGCCGCUCUGCGGAAGACAGCACCUGUGCGACUAUAUCUCU